GCUGGUCGCUUCUGAUUCGUCCGCUGCUGACGACACUCAACGCGUUUCGCUUGUUUUGAAAUGAGAAGUUUGCAGCGCCUCUGUGCAGCCGAGCGUCCGCUAAAGACAAACAAACUGUUGCCUUACCUCCGCGCAUGAAGACACGGCGGGAAAGCGCCUUCUCCAGGAUUUCCAGCUGGGUUUGACAGAUCUGAUGCGUGGGAGGAAUAUGGAUGUUAUUCCCAUGUGUAGUAUUUUCCAAGAGCUGCAGAGUGUCCUUGACACUGGAUACCUGACCGCAUUACCUUCUCUAGAGGAGUACUGGCAACAGACUUGUCUGGAGCUUGAGCGCUAUCUGCAGAAUGAGCCCUACGUCUCUGCAGCUGAUCUGAGAUCAGUAUACGAGUCUGACAAUCUUUGGAAUCAGUUUCUGCGCUGCUGUGGGACUGAACCGAACUCGUCCCUGCCGGAAGCUUCAAUCCCCAAGCCUGACGAGAUCGCUACGGCUUCCCAUUUGCCAUUAGGCAUUGGAUCUGCUGAUGUGCUCACACACCCACCGGAUCACAGUGUAUCUGAGCAGCAGCAUGUAAUCGCACACACACCCCCGACGCCGUCCUCCUCGUCCUCCUCGCCCUCUCUCGCUCUCAUGGAGAGUAAAGAAGAUGCAGAAGGGGUGAGAGGGGAUGAGGGCAAAGGUGAGAGGUCAGCUGAAGGACGAAGGAGAGCUCAUCGCUGUUACUUCAUUGGCUGCAGGAAGGUGUACACCAAGAGCUCUCAUCUGAAAGCACAUCAACGCACACACACCGGUGAGAAGCCAUACAGAUGUUCGUGGGAUGGCUGUGAGUGGCGCUUCGCUCGAAGUGAUGAACUGACGAGGCACUUCAGAAAACACACCGGAGCCAAACCCUUCAAAUGCAGCCACUGCGACAGGUGUUUUUCUCGUUCUGAUCAUCUGGCCUUGCACAUGAAGCGACACAUCUGAACACAAAUCCCAAAGACCUGCACAGAACCCCAAAGACCUUCCACAGCUGGUUUUCUAUGUAUUCGCUGAGUGUCAGUGUUGCAGAUUUUGCACCUUCUCGCUAAAGAAAUAGUUUCAGCAGAACAUAGGUAUUAGCAUUUUUUUAUCCUACGCUGGUGACAUUUGACUUGUUCAAUUCAAGUUAAAGCAUAGAUGUAAAGGCACUGAAAAGGCAGAAAGUCUGGUACUGAAUGUAAGUUAACAUAUUUGCAGACUUUGCAGUGAAUAUGUGUCAAAAUUAAAAAUAAUAUUUCACUAACACUUUGCAUUAACACACUGAAAACUCUGCUUUACUGCGCAGCUAACGUGUUUAUAUCCAGAGCAGCUAAGUGUCCAUGUAGCUGUAUAAAAUACAUAUUUGAGAUAAGUGUUUAUUGCUGUUUAUUACAAUCUCAAAAAACUUUCAUAAACGUACCUAUAAUAUACUAAAAUUUAGGCUUUAGGAGUAAAUAAGGUACAAAUGACCUGCUUUAUCUAGCAGUUAAAGGUACAUUAGUCAUAUUAAUAUUUUUUGUACUUUUUAACCAAUAAAUGUGACAUUAGUGCUUUAAAAUGGUUCUCUUAAAGUCAAUUAUGAGCUAUUCAUCAAGAAUCGCUUUGCCAAAUUAAAGUUCAGGUUUGAUGAAACUGGAAAAUCUGAUGAUCAAAUACUGUGUUUUUUCAGAAGGAUUGGAAUGACCGAACUGUGUAAUUGAAUGAUUGUUACCUAAAGAGUGGAGCUGGAUCUGCUACCGUGUAGUAUGCUAUAAUUUUAUGAUUUUGAAAAAUGCAUCAGGAUAUUUCACUGCUUUUCCGAGCACAGACAGACAUCGUGUUGGCACAGAUGAAGCUCUAGCAUUUGCUGUCCAGAUGUUUAAAGCCCUGCAGAUGUUACAGAGACGAGGAUGUUCACUUAUGGAUUGAUUACAUGAAAGCUGUUAAUGUCUGAAUGGAAUUUGCAGUAUCUUUGGGGGAAUUUUAAAAUGCA